AUGUUUUAUGAUCCAAGUGUAAAACUAUUGUGCAAAGACAGUACAUUGCUUCCUGAAUUCAUCCAUUCUCAUGACGAUCCAAGAUUUUAUUACAAGUUAAAAGAAGUUUCUCCGGGAUACUUAAAAAUUUACUGCAUGGGAAAGAUAUUAGAGCUAAUUGAUAAUGAUAAAUUAAAAUUUGUAGACGAAGAAUCCAAUUUACAAAAUCAAAAAUUUAAAAUUUUUUUUACUCCUGAAGGAGGGUUUAAAAUUUCUCAAUAUGGUUUAUGUAUGACAUUAAUAGAAAACACAAUAAUUAACGUGAAAGCCUGUAAUGAAAAUACUGAUCAAAUAUUUAUGCUGAUAAAAGAUACUAAUAGUGCCAUAAUAAAACCCUACACUGGACUGACAUAUACGUAUGAUACAUAUAAUUAUGCAAUUAAUUGA